AUGCUGCGAAAGGCAUACGUACUGGAUCAGGAUGUGUUUUCAGCCUCCCUUGAUAUCCAAAGCAGCAGGGACCUAAUGAUUUCAAAGCGCCCGGACAGUCAAGCCACCAUUGGAAUAAGAAGAAUACGAACCGCGACAAUGGGGUCAUCAUCGUCAGCUAAGAUUCUGCCUCACGAGAACGACCCCUCAACGACAGAACCGAACAGCUCGACAGACACAACAGAGCACUUACCAAACAAUCAAACCGUUGUCUCUUCUACAAUAUUGAUUCCUGAACAUCCCGAUGGUCAAAUUUGGAGAAAUUUAAAUCUCAUCUGGACUUUUCGGAAUGGAACUGCCUUACCCAAUAUGACGGAGACCGAUUUCAACCUGAGAAGGAUCCAUCCUCUAACUGGAACUUGUCCAUGGACAGCUCAAUAUCGACUAAAACUGCAUCCAGGAUCCAAUGAAACGGAAGAAUAUUGGCUGUUGCAAUCCUUGGACAAUCACAGCCGACCCAAGACCAUGGGUGGUGAUGAAAUGUACGUCAUGUACCAUCACCGCAAUAAAACCAAGGCAGCACCAACUGCUGUGGCUUAUUCACUGGAUCAAGGAGAUGGGACGUAUCGUCUAGACUUUCAUACGACGCCUUUCACCAGACGGAAAGAUAUCAACUUUGUCAAUAUGAUGGGACGCAAGGGGUCCAAACUUUUGAGAGAAGGCCGCUACCAACCCAAGGGGACUUCAGAGACUGGAAGUCGCUUCAAGAUCGAUGGUGGUAUCUUUACGUUAUUCAUGUCGUAUACCUGUGGUCUCGGCGAAUUGCAUCAUCCUGCCAAAAAAGAAUGGCGGACCGGAGGUGCCAUCAUGAGACGCUAUCACACCUAUGUUCCCUAUCCACCGCAAAUGCGAGUCUUUCAGUCACCAAAUGCUGACCGUAAAAUUGAUUUCGACAAGUAUCACAAAGUCAUGAUAUUUGGUGAUUCCAAUUUGCAUGGACUCUGGAGAGACAAUAACCAGACCAUUAAGAAUCUUCACUUUAUUCGGAAACCGGAUUCUGCCUUGCAAAUGCGAUCCAUGAAGCGUUUAUUUCUUCCCAAAAUACAAUGGUUUGCCAAUCUAACCAUGUACGAAGAUGACAAUCCAUUCGAAAAUAGGUAUGCCUUAAUGAUAGGAUCGGCGUGUUGGGACAUCGUCUUUCCUGAAAACAGUGGUCCAGAGUUUAACAAUCACUUAACUGCGUUGAGGUAUAUGCUCAAACAACUGAAAUACACAUUUGGUCCGAUGGGCAAUGUGGAUAUUUAUUGGCACUCUGGGCUUGCGCUUCAGCUGUACGUGGCUGGACAGGAGGGUGGAUGGUUUGAUCGUCGACCACUGAAGUACAUGAGCUAUCAUCGGAGCUUUGACUUGUAUAGAAAGCAAGUUGAGUUGCUGAAACAUGUCGGAAACAUCACGCUGUUGGACUUUAUGCAUGCAUCAUAUUUGAGUGGACAUCAAUACAUUCGUGGGGAUGCCCGACACGUCAUGCCGCUGCUGAACCGGAUUCUGCUGACCUAUUACUAUCCGAGUCGACUGCAACAAUGA